GAUUACACGCUUAGGAUUCACGAUAUGAUUAUAUUAACUGCAGAGUGCAGACGGAGUGGUUAAAAAAGGACAUUCAACUCAAAUAUAACAAGGUAUUUGGUGUAAUAAAACAAGUUAAGAUACAGUUUUAAGUACUGCGAAUCGAUGGACACAAUUUCUGUUAGAUUAGAGUCUGUAUGUGCUGUAUAGAUAUCUGAAGUAUUGAUAAACCUUGAAUUUUGAAAUCGAAAGUAGACAGAGGUUGAAACAAACUUUUCUACAAUGGCGACAGGCGGACUACAUGAAUCAAACCGAGGCAACGCAAGCGACUUUUUUGGAGAGUGUGCCAUUACACAAUCUUGCGAACCAUGUAUGAAAGCCAACAUAGCGAAAGCAGCUACUGUUUUGUGCAAGGAUUGCAAUGAGUAUUUGUGUGAAACUUGCAGAAAUCCACACAUCAUUUAUAAAGGAGGAAAGCAUGGUGUGGUCAGUAUUCAGGACAAGGAAUCGUCCACUGUGGUAGUGGACAUGAAAGGAAUGGACAAAUGUUCGCAGCACGGUAAGGGAUUCGAGUUUUACUGUGAAGAUCAUUGUAAGCUCUGCUGCACUACAUGUGUUAUUGAACACCGAAAGUGUGAACAAUGGGAUGAAAUAGCUAGCAUUUCCGGACAGAAAAGAGCACAGCUUCAUGGAUUGAGACAGUCUUUCUUAAAAUUGAAAUCCGAUGCUGGCGCUAUUGUUGCCGAAUGUAAGCAGUCAGAAAAAGAUUUGAAUGCAUCAGUUGCGGACGUAUCGAAAGAUAUCGACGAAAUGAAAGAGCGUAUGAUAAAACUCUUUGACGCUGCGAAACGUGAAUUGCUUACCGAAGCAAACGCUUUAAAGAGUGAAGAAGUGAAGAGACUUAGUAUAAUGCAAUCUGUCUCUACAACAGUUAUUGAAGAAAUAAAUCAACUGUUUCCAAUGUGCUCUUCUAUUGCAGACAACGGUACACCUCAGCAAAUGUUUAUAUUAUCAAAACAGGUUGAGGAGAAAAAUAAAAUGAUCGAAUCUAAAAUAAACGAACAACGAAUUACGCAAGUUUCAUCAACAGUGACAUUGGCGUAUACGGGAGAGCUGUCGUCGAUUUUUGAAAUGGGAACGAAAUUCAUGAAAGUGAAUUUGGAACGAAGAGGAAAUCCCAGUUCCAUCAGUUCACUAUCCCAGUCGAGGCCAGUCACCCUGGAGCUGAUCGUGUCAUUGAAUCUACCAAAGUCUGAAGAUAAUGAAGACGAACCUUUGCUCUCUGGACUAGACUUCCUGCCGGACGGAAGACUGGUAGCUGUGGAUAACAAUACCAUGAAAUGUAUUAUACUGAACGAAGGGCUGAGGAGACUCGGAACACCAUACACGUUUGAGUUGUUCCCCAAAGAUGUAGCAGUUUUGUCUAAUAGUGAAAUAGUAGUGACAUGUUUUAAAUGUUUACUUUUUUUAUCAGUGAGUUCAGACAAUGUCAUCAGUCUGACUAGGAAAAUUAAAACAUCGUCGAGUUUCUGGUCUAUAUGCUGCAAGACGCCAACACAAAUGGUCGUGAGUACGUUCGAUGAUAUCCGUAAAGUUAGAAUGAUAUCUGUGGACGGAGUUGAGACUGACUUUGAGCAAGUGGAGUUUCCAAAGAAGAUGUAUAAAGUAGGUGAUAGUUUGAGUACGUAUGUCCAGUCCAAGAACACGUUAGUACUGACUGACCAAUUUGCUCACACAGUGUACAUGUACGACACCGUGAAGGGCACGUCUAGAGCAGUCACUAAUGGGAACAUACAGAGACCACGUGGUGCCUGUGUCGGACCAGGUGAUACGGUCAUGGUGUGCUGUGUGCACUCCGUUGUGCACCUGACUGUAGACGGUGACUUCCUGUGUACAUACCCCGUGGAUAUGAAGUUCCCGCUCAGCAUAUGUGUGUCUAGGGAUAGGACUAGGCUGGCGGUGUCCAACUGCGCUGAUGGUGACAUCAAACUUCAGCUAUAUAAAAUACUACCCACACUCAAUAACUAG